CGUUUGUUUCAGUCAUAUUUGUUGCUCGUGAUAAACCUCACAGCCGCCGUCUUCGAAGCACAACGUGAAGUCGGUGCUACUUUCUAGGGCGAGCAGACACCUCACUUAGCCCUGGGCAAAGUGUCUCCUUAAAGGAGAAACUGAGCUAGAGAGGGGGAAAAAGAGAGACUAGAGGGAGAGGUAUAACAAUCAGUAUAACGGGUUACUGAGGCAGACAGAAGAUAAUUGUGGAGGGGAGAGAACUGAGAGACAGACAGAUGAUUGAGGGACAGAGAAAGAGAAAGUAGACACAGUGGUAGGAAGAAACAGAGGGAGAGAUAGAGGAUAACUGGGGGGAAAAUAAGAGACCGAUUGUAGACAACUGAAGGGGAGACAGUAAGGUAAUAAGACAGGGAAAGUAGAGGGAACUGGUGGGCAAUAGGGUCUUGAAAAAAAGAUCGAGAAGAGAGAUAAGUGAAAUCUGAAAUACAACUGUGUGGUGGGGCGAUGAAAGAGGGAUAGGACGGAAUUGAGACACAGGUACAAUCAGGGAAAAAGACCAAUCCAGUAGGAGGCAGUAAGAUAGCUACAAGAAUUAUUGCUAGGCGAGAGAUAGCGGCAACAGUGUAAAAUGACAGAAAAGGGAAUAUAGAUGACCAUCAUAGAAAACAGUAAUUGUCACAGGAUACAUAAAGGAAGUAAUGAUAAGCCAAUAGUUAUAGCAAAGGUUAGUUAGAUAUACUUUUUAAAGAAGGAGAUAGAUGCCUUCAUACAGACCUUCUAUCAAAAGGGUAAUUAGAAGUGAUAGCAUGUGAUACAGUAAUUGAGGGAGAUAUUUAAUGUAAGGCAGCUAGCAUAAAAAUAUUAAAAGAAAUUAAAAGCAGGAAACUCAGAAAAUGAUGCUUAGAAAAUGACAGGCACCAAGUGAAAGAAACCAAGAGACAGCGAAAAGGCAAAAUAACAGAAGAUAAGACCUUGUGGGCAACUAAUUUUAUUAACAGUUAAACUUGUAAAUACAUCUAACCGAGGAAGGAGAGAGGGAAAGAUAGUUGUCAAAUGAGGUAAAGUUAUCAGAAAUAAGUAACCACAGCAAGACAACUAAGUGAGACAGAAAGAUAGACGACUGAGAGAUUGGAGAGGCUGAGACAAUUAUUGAGAGAGAGAGAGCACCAAAUGAGUCAAAAGGACAGGAGAGACAAAAUUAACUAAGAGAGAAUUGAGACGACAUUUUUUUGAUAAAGUGGCAAGGAAUUAUUGGGUGAGAGGAGCAAACCACAACAAGAGUGAGGGGAGACAGAGGGGUGCAGGGGAAUAAAGAGGUUAAAACAGUGAAUGAAAUUUGAGUGUGAGCAAACAAGUCAAUCAAGAUUUGUGGGGCAGCACAAUGUGGGCAAAUUGGCACCUCCGUCGGAAUUUUGAAGUGGAUUACCCAGAUCGAAAGGGUUCUCUUACUCUCCGCUCGAAUCAUAAGGAAUAUAGCAGGCCCGUGUUGGUCUGCAACUGGUAUCAGCACAGAGAAGCAGAACCUAAAGACUAUGAUAUGGAUGCUAUCCCAGAGGGACACUGGAAAAACCUACACCGCUCAACGUACAAACGGUUGACAAGUUUUCCUUCAGGAGACUGGAGCACCACAUCCGAAGCAUUCAUGUCUCAAAUUAGUUUUAAGGAGGAUUAUCGACUAAGGGAAAAAAUGCCAUUAAUGGAUCAGAAAACAGCUGCAAAAGAACUUCGUAAGAGAACUGCCGGGGGCCUUGAUACAAAAGCAAAUGCAGCUCUACCAAGGCAUCCUCCAGACUAUUCAAAACUUUCUCUUCUAUCUUUAUCCCUUUCAGGUUUGCAGAGACAACUUAUAAUUAUGAUUAUAUGCCUCCGCUCAAUUUUAUUCCAGCUCAAGAGGAGGCUCCUAAGGAAUCUGGUGACUAUAGAAGAUGCCAUUCACAAUUUGUUGACACAGAUGAUUAUCGUCGGCAUGGCCGGAACACCUGGAUUAAUGAGAGUGGAAUAUAUGCCAAUUCUGAAUUGAAGAAAGUCCUGUUCCCUCUGUCCAACCCAAUAGCUACUCGUUUGAAGUAAAUCUGCAACGUUCACCAUGAACCUUUUUACUUGAAGAGGAGUUGAUCCUUUCCUUUGCGUAUCUGCGUGACCCUGCAUAUUCAUUGCUUUUGGCAAUUUUAUAAUACAUUUGAUUGUUGUACUGAGAUUGCUAUUUGCUUAACAAACCAUGAAGGUAUACACUACUGCUUCUUUAAUUGUUACAGUUGGUCGAAGUCACAUUAGAUGUGAUUUCUCCUUCCUCCACCAUUCUUGCCUUAGGGCUUGGAGUGGACGAAUUGUGUAACUACAGACAAGCCAGCAUUUAGCCAGCUGAAUUGUCAGAAAUCAAGUCAAGUUCAUUGUCAAAGAUGUAGACAGUUUGGAACAUUUCUUGCUUCAUUUGCUGUGAACAAUUGAACAAAUAUUUGUUUGUAGAUUGGAUCAGUGCAUUAUAAACAGAGAAAAGUUCCAUACUGUUAAUACAUACUAAAUGAAUAAUUUACAGUUAAAAUUUCAUAAUCAAUAGUAUUGUGAUGAUUGACCAGCCUAUGUGUAGUUUGCACACUUGACUGCAUUCAUCAUUUUUAAAAUAUUUCACCCAUUGAUGCAAACUGUGUAGAGAAAUAAGCAUGAAAGUUAUUUACAUUCUAUUGUAUGGAAAUAAGAACAAAUUUGAAUGUAUGAGACUUCAGUUUAUAGAAUACAGAAUUGUUGUGGAAACUGAGGUAGGUAUGUUAGACAGUCAAGUAACCUCAUUAAUUCCAGCAUUGUUAUUGGGUGAUUAACCAAGUGUGGGUUUAUUUCUCUCCCAGUGUUAGGAUAUGGGCAUUUUGCAACAACACAAUUUUGCAAUGUACUGCUGGACAACUUGACAUCUUACACCCUUUCUAAACUUCAGCUUAUCCAAAGAUCUGUUACCUGCAUCCUAAAUUGCACAUUCUAACAUGCACGGUCACCAUUCACCCAUCACCCUUUGUUUCCAGAGAAUUAUUGAGCUCCUGGUUAAUCAACACCUUAAUUCCUACUCUCUAUUUCUGUGAUCAUUCUUGGCUCCUUGACAAUCAAUGUUCUCUGCACUUAUCCAAUUGUGGCUUCUUAACCGUCCCGAAUUUAAAUUGCUCUACCAUUGGCAGCCAUGUCUUCAGUUGUGUGGGCCCUAAGCUUUGGUCUACCCUUAGUAAACAUCCCCAUCUUUCUCUCAUUCUUAAAACACUCCUUAAAACUGUAACUGUGAUAAUGGGAACUGCAGAUGCUGGAGAAUCCAAGAUAACAAAGUGUGAAG